AUGUCGCGUCGUAGCGCGCCGGGGAAGAGCGUAACGGAGCUCUGGAAGGCACCUCAGCACGAGGGGCGCGAACGAGGUCCCACCGCGCGCGGGGGGGCGGAGGGUGGGCAGAGGUGGGAAAGGGGUAUCGAGGUGCGCGCCGUUGUCUAG